UUGUUUUUUUUUUUUUUUUUUUGAAUGAAAAAUUAUGUUGAACAAUUUUCACUAUAAUAAUAAUUUACAAUGUCUUUCCCAUUGACCGCAACGACGGUUACAUCAGCAAUGACGACAAUAACAUCAGCUAUAACAACGCAACAACAUUAUCAUCUAAAUAGUCACCAUCAUCAUCACCAUCACCAUCCGGUUCACCAAUAUCUCAAUCAUCACCAUACUACACAACAUCCUCUUUCGUUUGAUUUGAUUGGUGGUGGUGGUAGUGGUGGUCAACAACACCAACAAUCCAAGAAUACAAGAACGUUAUUAUUAGAUGACCAACCACUAAUGAUGAUGACGGCGAGGAAUCAGUCUAAUCAUUUGAUACAAAUGAUGAAUUUUGACCCAAAUAACAAUAAUAACCCAACUGUUGACCAAAAUCAAGUGCCAACAAUCAUGUUACCCACAACGACACCGACGACAACACCGCCACCUCAACCACGCUCGAUUGACAUAAAACGCAAUGAACACCGUACAACUGUACCGAUUAGAAAACAAUCAGUGUUUGUUGCACCAGCAGGUAUAUCAUCCGCUAUACAGCAGCAACAACAACAACAACAACAACAAAUACAUCAUAGGCCAACCGAUCAGGAUAUAUCUGAACAUAUAAACAAAUUGAUUCAGGAAAAUAAAGCAAUCGUAGGCGAAUCAAGUCAAUUAUCAUCGUUGAGUCAUGUUGGUGGUUUCUUUCAAUCAUCAUCACCAAUAAUGAUGGCUACCUCUUCAUAUGAUGCAUCUAAUCAUCUUCAUCACCAACGUCGAUCGAUCACAAAUUCAUCAUCACCAUCAUCAACUAGCCGUAACCCUAAUCAUCAUCAUCAACAACAGCCAUAUUACCCAUUACGACGUCAUUCAUCAUCAUCAUCAUCAUCAUCAUCAUUAACAACAACAACAACAACAAGAACAACGGGUGAUCCACAUCAAAAAUCGUUGCAAUAUUCUCGUUUACAAUCAGCUUUAUUGGGUGACAAAUGUUUAUUGUUGGAAAAUGAAAAUCAAUCAACAAAGCUAAAUGACCACCACCACCAUCAGCAACAACAACAACAAUUUUCGUUUCAUCCAUCAUCAUUAUACAUGACUCAAUUUCCAACAACAGCGACAACAACCAUUGCACAGCCAUGGAUCAUGUCUGCAACGCCAACGGUUAUUGGUUAUGAUCCACCAUCAUUCAAUCAUCAUCACGAUGUUAUGAAAAAAUAUUCGGAUAACCUUCUUUCAACAUGGUCUCAACAAUAUGCAGCUGCUCUUGCUGCUUCUCCGGUACCAGUUUUGCCCACAAAUCAUACUACCACGGUCACACAAUCUCCCACAAUGAAUUCAUCAUCUUCAUCGUCACAUAGCCUAUUUCCGUCACUAUUUGAACCAUCACAACAUCAUUCACCAUCAUUGAUGAAAUUGACUGGACGUAGUGAUAUGUGCAAUCAAAAAUCCGUGAUAAUCAAUGCAACAUCAUCACGUACUGGUACGAUACAUCAAAAUUAUCUAUUCGACACACAAACAUCAGCUGGAAUGAACAACGGAUCAUCAUCGUCAUCAUCAUCAUCGCCAUCAUCAUCAACUGGUGAUCCGAAAAAUUGUUUAGUGAGAAAUUUAUUGCUCAAUUCGAGUGGAAGCAAUCCGAAUGCCAAUAACCAGAAUUCGGUUAGCCAAACCAAGAAUGGUUCAUCACGAGCAUUCAACAAUGACAACAGUGGUCAGCAAUCACCAUCUCCAACAUUGACUAUUAAUGAUAAUCGACCAAUGGCGAUGACUGAUCAUCAUUCAAAAAAUGGUCAGAAAUGUAUAAUCAAACAUCUUUUGCUCAAACCUUCAUCGUCGGAUAAAAACAGCAAGCAUAGUGCUGAACCAACAUUGAUUUCAACAAAAACAACAACAGCGAUGACGACGACGACGACGACGACGACAUUGAACAAUCUAUCCGAUUCACAUUUACCACCACGAAAACGAAGCCGUUGUUCAGUAUCGAAUCCUUCAUUGAAUCCAACAUGUAAUGCUCAACAACAAUUGGAAACGACCAUACAACAACCACCACCACCACCACCACCACCAUCACAACAUCAAUUACUACUUUCACCAGCUAUGCAUACCUGUAAAUUUUGUGCGGUUCCCUUUCGUCAGGAACAGAAUCUUGAAAUUCAUCAGAAAUAUUAUUGCUGUGGUGGUGAACAACAACAACAACAACAGCAAAAACAACAGGUUGUAUCGGACAGUGAAACGAGUAACAAACAUUCGGAAUCGAUUGCAUCAACAACGUCAUCGAUUACAAAACAACAACCACAACAGCAGCAACAGCAGCAACAACAACAACAACGGGAACGUAAAGUAUGCGUUCUGGAACGGCCAUCAAUCAUAAGCUAUACGGCCGCCAUAAAUCGACGACAAGAUUCAAACAAUAACAAUGAUGAUUCGAACCAAUUUUCCAUUCCAUCGUCAUCUGCAUCAUAUAAUUUCGGAAAUAUUCUUAAAUCCAAAUUACUCUCCGGUUUCAAUUCGGAUAACAUUUAUGACGAUGAUGGUGAUGAUGAUUAUGAUGAUGGUGAUGAGACAACAUAUCAUUGUCCAAGACAUGAAAAACAACAUUCAAACAAUGAUGCUGAAACACGACAACAUUCAACAUCAUCAUCAUCGAUUGGAUUGAAAAAACGGAAAAUAUCUGAGCCGGCAUUUCGUCAUUGGUCAUCAUCUAGAUAUUAUGAUUAUAACAAUGACACAAAACGAGAAUCAGCCGUCAACGAAUAUCGAGACUCAAUUUUACAAAAUAUCCAACAACAACAACAUGAAACGUUGAUACCGGCAAUGGAGAUAAUACCAGCCUAUAUGCCAUAUUUGAUGCGUCCACCAACCAAAAUCACACUCAAAGGUCCAAUAUUGUUUCCAGUGUUGCAGAAUCUACUCGACACUCGUACUAAUUAUGAAUUCGCAUUGGACAAUGAUGAUAAACAACAACAACAACAACAACAACAAGUAACAACCAAGGAUGAUACGAAAUUUAUCGUCAAACAAAAAGAGGAAAUCAUACUGGAUGAAAUUGUCCGACAAUUAAUGGACGACAUGUUGAUGGAAUUGGAUCAUGGCGAACAAAUGAACCUAUUGAUGGCCGAUCUAUUGGAAGCUGUGGAUCGUGGCCAACAAUGUAUGGAAUUGGCGAAAAAAUCAUUACAACGACCAACAACGUUAGCGUUGAAUUUAAAUGAUCAUCAGCAGAAACAAUUGUCGAAUGGACGAAAACUAUCGAUACUGAUCAAUCAAUGUUCAAUGAUAGACACAAAUACUAAUCACAACCACAAUGGUAGUACUAACAGUGUUGACUGUGGUGAUUUUGGACGACAAAUAAAAUUAAUGCCAUCCACCUUGAUAUCGCCGGAUACACCAAGAUCACAACAAAAGUACCAGCAAUUAUUUCUUGAUGGUAACGCCUAUUCGAACCUAGGACUAAAAGUAUCAUUACGGCCAACGUAUUGUUGCAUUUAUCGCUUACAACCAAUGUAUGUUAUGCAAGAAGCAAAUCCACAAUUGUCAAUGUAUUCACAAUGGGCAACACAUCCCGUACCUGAAGGACACGUGUUGCAUACACUUGAAUCACCUUGUCAAUUAUUAUCAGCAUAUGAUUCAAAUGAGGCGGUCUUUCACCAUCACCACAAUAUAACGCAAACAAUGAACCGAACAUCAUCAUCAUCAUUGACAACGGUAGCGACCGUAAAUGUCGACAACGACGAUCAGCCGCCAACCAUAAUCGUCAAGGAGGAGCAACACCAACAACACAAACAACAACCACAACAGCAGCAAUCAACAUCAUCAUCAUCUUUGUCAUCUUGCAAACAAAAGGGAUCUAUACAGGAAUUUCUUGAUACGGUCAAAUCACGUUCAAGUCAUAUGAUGAACAGUGAUGUACUGAACCACAGCAAAACUUCAUUCACAAUCAGACUAACUGAGCGGACAUUGAAAACCAUCAUCUGGUCAAUCGAUUCCGGUAUUGUUGAUCGUAUUUGUGAUUCCCUAACACGUAUGCAUUACAUAUCCACACAUUCCAAUUAUUAUCACCAUCAAAAACAACAACAACAACAGCAACAAAAACGUAAAUCGAUAAAUCAAUCCUCUUGGAAUCGAUCACAUCGAAAAUCGUCACGUGUUUCAUUUACACUUGUGACCACCACCACAGCACCAAACAAUAUGAUUUUUGGUUCCGUGAACAAUGAAGAAAACAACAAAACAUCCAAAGUGAAUGAAACAACAACAACAGCAAAAAGAAAAAAUUGCUCGAAUCAAUCUGGAAUGACUGGCAACAUAUCCAACAAUCCAUAUCUAACGAUGCAUCCAAUGCUCGGUCAUUUGCCGGAUAAACAAGCUGUAAUGUACAUCAUGAUGAUGUCACAGAUACCGCCGAAAUUGGCGGCACCAAAUGUACAGCAGAUAAUGUCGUCGACAACCACCAAUUUGGCGUCAAGAAAAUUUUCCGAAUGCAUCGGCGUGAAACAAAAACAAUUUUAUCCUCAUUCACUAUACGAUGCUUGUAACAAUGAUCACUGGCACCGUUUGAUGGCCAGUUCAUCCACCAAUGAUGAUGGCUCAUUACUACUACCGAAAAGAAUCAAAAUUUUUGAAGGUGGUUUCAAAUCGAAUGAAGACUAUACUUAUAUUCGUGGCCGUGGUCGUGGUAAAUAUGUUUGUGGUGAAUGUGGUAUCCGUUGUAAGAAACCGUCAAUGUUAAAGAAACACAUUCGGACACAUACUGAUCUACGUCCAUAUUCAUGUCGUCAUUGUUCAUUCGCAUUCAAAACAAAAGGAAAUCUAACCAAACACAUGAAAUCGAAAGCACAUCACAAAAAAUGUGUGGAACUAGGCAUCCUACCUGUGCCAACAUGCAUUGAUGAUUCUCAAAUUGAUUUAGAGGCAUUAGCUAAACAAGAACAAUAUGAACUAAAUCGUCCCGAUUCAAAUUGUGCCACUAAUCGAUUGUUACAUUGCUCAAAUGAUGACGAUGAAUUUGAUGACGAUGAUGACGAUGAUAUGUUCGACGAUGAUGAAUUGGAUGAUGACGAUCAAGGUGUUCCAAUCGAAACGCAACAACCAAAACAACAACCAACAAACAGAUUGACCUAUGUAGAACCCGGACAAUUUGAUGAUGCCAUCAACGAUGAUGAUAUGCUGAAACAUUCAUCAAAUGCUGAGAAAAAACAAAAAACCGAUACUAAUACUAAUAAUCAAGUGGAAACGACAAGACAACGAAAAAUAUCCAUUGUUGAAAGCGAACACCAUACAAUCCCGUCAACAUUACCAUCAAUUAUGAAAUCAAUGGUGGAAGAAAACAAAAAUGAAAAUCCACCACAAACACCACCAACCACAACAGCAAUGACAACAGUUGGUCACAAUGAAAAUGAAACUGAGGCCAUCCACAGUCUGUUGAUAUUAUCAUCGGGUGCAACAGCUUCGAAUCGUGAUGAUUGUCCAAGAUCAUCAUUAAAACAACAACCAAAUGAAUCAAAAUUGACACAAAAUUACAACAAAAUUAUGCAGCAACAACCACAGUCAUCACUUGUUGCAUCAUCCAGUUUAUAUCCUGCAACAGCAAAUCAACGAUCUUUAUCAAAAUUUAUGCCAGAAUUUUAUGGCUACGAUACGGCCUUAUUAAAACCGAUAAUAAAUGAUUCCGUUGAUUCCAUGAAGAUAAUGAUCAAUGGUCCAUCACCACCUCUUCCUCCUCCACCACCACCACCACCACCAGCACCAGCACAAUUACAACCACAGUCAAAUCAAUAUCGUCAACCAAUGAGUCAUCCAACAAGUGUGAUCAUCACUAAUCAUCAAUCGAUACAGCAUCAUGCCCCAACAGUGGAUACAAGUCCUAGAAAACGAAUUCGUACAACAUCAUUGGGCGACUCUUCGAUGACAUUCGAAACGCCAAACAUUAUUGUUUCACCACCUGAACCAUCGCCAGAAAUAUCAUCAAAGUCGCCUAUUGUUUUGUCAACCAUCAUUUCGAAUGAAUGUCCAAACGCAAACAUUGUUCAUCAUCAAUCUCAAAAUAAUAAUAAUAAUAAAUUAUUGCAGAAAAUUUUUUCCAGUGUUCAACAACAACAACCAUCAGCUGAUUCAAAAUCAAUUCAUAUGAUGACAAAACAACAGCUUGUAUAUCAUGGUCAACCAUUACUUGUUCGGCCGUCAUCAUCAUCAUCAUCAUCAUCAUCACCAUCACCAUCACCAUCACCAUCGACAAACGCUGCUUGUUCACCAGUAGCAUUACCACCGAUUGUGGAACAAUCAUUGAAUCGCUAUGUUGUGGCUAAUAAUAUCGCUGAAUCUUCACAUUCAACUCCACAACAAGACGAACCGAUUGAUUUAUCAUCGAAAAAAUCAUCAUCCAACAUUGGUGCUAGCAGUCUCAACCAACCUCAAUCAAAUAAUGAUAUCAAUCGUGCAACACCAGAAAAACCAACGAAAAUAUCAUCGACUACUAAACUUGCCGACCAUGUGCGACAAUCAUUUUCCCCAUUAUCACAAAUGGAACCCUCAUCAAACGUUGUCCAUCACAUUGAUACUACGAAUGGUGGUGGCCAUCAAUUGUAUCAAAAUGUCCGCCGUGAAGAAUUUGCUCAUCUAACACCGGGUAUUCAAUCACCACAUUCAUUGCCACGUGUUAUCAUGAUUGCUAGUAAUAAGACAUCAUCAACUGGUGGUGGUGGUGGUUCACAACAGCAACAAUGUUCACCAGCAUUAACCAAUUCAGCAAUGAUGAUGAAAACAAUGGCCAAAAGUCCAACCAACUAUGUUGAUGGCGGCAAACCAACAUGUCCUACUUGUAUGAAACAGUUCACUAAACCGGAACAAUUACGUUUACACUAUAAAAUCCAUUCAUUUGAACGUCUUUUUCGUUGUGAAUCGUGUGCCGUAAGUUUUCGCACCAAAGGUCAUCUCCAGAAACAUGCACGUUCAGUAUCGCAUAUGAAUAAAUUGAAUAUGAACAUAACAUUUGGCCGACCAUCGGUGGAUAAUCCUCGUCCAUUUAAAUGUUCAUAUUGUAAAAUUGCAUUCCGUAUACAUGGCCAUCUAGCCAAACAUCUUCGAUCGAAAGCUCACAUCAUGAAACUUGAGUGUCUGGGUAAAUUACCAUUCGGAAUGUUUGCCGAAAUGGAACGUAACAAUAUUAAUCCAGGCCUCAUUGAUACUUCGGAUUGUGGUAGUGCAUUGGAAACACUACAAUCAUUGGCACAAAAGUUAUAUGAUCCAAGACAAAUGUGUUGGAACAAAAAUGUCAUCAUUGAUGAUAUCGAUAAAAACAACAACAACAACAACAAUAAUAAUAAUGACGAAUCGAGUAGUAGUAAUGGUGGUUGCAAUCAAGACGAUUCAGAUUCUGGUGCCAUAACAGAAGAAUAUCCAUAUGGCGAUGAUGACGAGGAUCAUUCAACAUCACCAGAUCAAAAAUGCAACAAAAUAGCAACUACUACUACUACUAAUACUACUAAUAAUACUGGUACUACUACUAUGUUUGCAUCAUCGAUUAAUAUGGCGCCUACAACCCGAUCAUCAUCAUCCACAUUGAAUGGUACCAUUGCAGCGACACGUUCAAACACUUGUCAUAUUUGUUUUCGUCUAUUCAAAGCGGCCAAAUUUCUUCAGGUUCAUCUUUACAGUGAACAUGCUGAUGAAAUGAAUAAAAUCAACAACACUACUACUAGCAAUACUUGUGACACAAUGUCCCAUUCCAACGGAAAUGGUUGAAAUGCUUUUGUUUGUAAAAUAUUUUUAUGUUUGCAACGAUAAUUUUUUUUCAUUUUUCCAUUACCCACAUUUGUUGAUUCAAUUUUAAUUGC